AUGGCAUCUGCCCCCCUCCGCUCCGGAGCGCCCCUCCUGCGCCUCCGCAAUCUGCAAUCAACCCGAGUGGCCCGCAUCAUCACACCACCUCGCGCUUUGUACAGCAUCUUAUCCAGAAACACUCGCCAACACCCCAAUGCAAAUCCCACAAAAACACUCACUCCAUUACAUACCACCCCAACACGCUCUCAACCACCAACCCCGCUCAUCAGAGCAUACUCAAGCCCCACACCCCCCAAACCAACAGCAGAUCUCCUAAUCGAAGAACUCCAAGACCUCUAUGAAAUCGCCAAAGACGAAUUCGAAAUCGCCACCGAAAGCACAGACGGUGCAACAAUCUACGCCGCCUCGGACCGGGACUCUGCGCGCGACGCGCUGAACCAGCUCUGCGCUGUGUAUCAUCUGUACACGGCUAGGCCAGGCGAGGAUGUCGAUAGUGGUGUUAGGAAUGUCGGGGGUCAAGUGGAGGGAGGAGGGGAGGCUGGAUCGGAGUUGGGCGAGGAUGCGUUUGUUGAGACGCAUUUUAAUCCGCAGGAGGUGGGGGGUGAGGUGCGUGAUGAGGUGAGGAGGAGGGUUGGGCAGCGGGUUAGGGAGUUGAGGAAUGCGGUUGAGAUUCUUGAGGAGAGGGCUCAUGCUGAAUGA